ACUACUUUAUUAGUGACUACAGUAUAUAUGAGUAUGGCCCGCAUUCCAAGAAAAUGAAUGAAACGGAAUUAUUCCUUCAGUCGAUGUGAAUUUUGCCCAACCCUCGUGAUUUAGCUCGGUUUAUUUGUGGUAAUGUGGUUAUCAUUGCGGCAUAAGUCCAUAUAAUACCAUUGCAAGGCCUGGACUGCAACUCAUUCUGCUCUCUUUUAACUAACAUCAAUGGCCUCAAUACUGAGACUCCUCUUCGUUUUCCUCUUCGUCUUCCACAUUUCAGUGCUCAAGGCUUCAGGGGCAUCAAUAAUAUUCUACAACAAGUGCCCCCACCCAGUGUGGCCCGGCAUCCAGCCCAGCUCAGGAAAGCCCGUUCUGGCCCGCGGGGGCUUCAAACUCCCACCAAACAAGGCCUACUCCCUCCAACCCGCCGGCGACCCUAGCAGAGUUCACGCUGGGAAACGAGCAGGAUUUCUACGACGUGAGCCUGGUGGACGGUUACAACCUUCCAAUCUCGAUCACACCGUUCAAGGGAUCUGGAAAGUGCAGCUACGCUGGGUGCGUGAGCGACCUCAACAUGAUGUGCCCCGUGGGACUGCAGGUGCGCUCACGCGACAAGAAGCGCGUGGUGGCCUGCAAGAGUGCCUGCUCCGCCUUCAACUCCCCUCGCUACUGCUGCACGGGUACCUAUGGAAGCCCACAGGCCUGCAAGCCCACUGCCUACUCCAGGAUCUUCAAGACCGCAUGCCCAAAGGCCUACUCCUACGCUUACGACGACCCCACCAGCAUCGCCACUUGCACUCGCGCUAACUACUUGCUCACUUUCUGCCCUCGCCGCCGCUGAUCUCAAGCUCACUACUCCUUAAUUCCUUACUAGUUAAUACUUAAUAGUUACUACUAUUCUCUUUGGCCUAGCUCUUUCUACUAUUACCAUUAUUAUCAUCAUUAUCAUUAUCAUUAUUAUGUCAUAACAAUUUGCAUUUGCAUUAGUACUACCCAAUACUACCCAAUACUCUCUUAUUUCGUUACUUUAGUACGUUAAUGUGUACUAGCUAAGUCUUCUGUAUUAAUUCAUAUUACAAUUACUACUACCGCGUGCCUGCGUGUGAUCUGCUUGGUUUGUCAGGUGUUUUGCUUCCAUUGUUGUCAUUUAUGGCCAUGUUUUUAUCUUGGAGUAAAAAAGUAGGUUAUUUCAUACUAGCAAGUAGCAAGCGCUUGUUAGAUACAUUUCUCAUCGCUAA